CGCGCGGGUGCGGUGCGCCAGGCCGGGCGAGGUUCUCGCUCAGCCGGGGAGGCCUUGGCCACGCAGCGGCAGGAGCGCGCAUCCCGGGGCGGCGGCGUCCUGGAGACCCCCGAGAGAUGGAAGCUGCGGCGCCGGCGGCGGCCGAGGCGGCUGGGCACGAAGAGCUCGAUAUGGAUGUAAUGAGACCCUUAAUAAAUGAGCAAAACUUUGAUGGGACAUCAGAUGAAGAACAUGAGCAAGAGCUCCUGCCUGUUCAGAAGCAUUACCAGCUUGAUGAUCAAGAGGGUAUUUCAUUUGUACAAACUCUUAUGCAUCUUCUUAAGGGAAAUAUUGGAACUGGUCUCUUAGGACUUCCACUGGCAAUAAAAAAUGCAGGCAUAGUGCUUGGACCAAUCAGCCUUGUGUUUAUAGGAAUUAUUUCUGUUCACUGUAUGCACAUUUUGGUACGUUGCAGUCACUUUCUAUGUCAGAGGUUUAAAAGGUCAACAUUAGGGUAUAGUGACACUGUGAGUUUUGCUAUGGAAGUAAGUCCUUGGAGUUGUCUACAGAAGCAAGCAGCAUGGGGACGGAGUGUGGUUGAUUUUUUUCUGGUGAUAACACAACUGGGAUUCUGUAGUGUUUAUAUUGUCUUCUUAGCUGAAAAUGUGAAACAAGUUCAUGAAGGAUUCCUGGAGAGUAAAGUGUUUGUUUUGAAUAGUACCAAUUCAUCAGAUCCAUGUGAGAGAAGAACUAUUGACCUAAGGAUAUAUAUGCUUUGCUUUCUUCCAUUUCUAAUUCUUUUGGUCUUCAUUCGUGAGCUCAAGAAUCUAUUUGUGCUUUCAUUCCUUGCCAACGUGUCCAUGGCUGUGAGUCUUGUGAUAAUUUAUCAAUACAUUGUUAGGAAUAUGCCGGAUCCCCACAACCUUCCAAUAGUGGCUGGCUGGAAAAAAUACCCUCUCUUUUUUGGUACUGCUGUGUUUGCUUUUGAAGGCAUAGGAGUGGUCCUUCCACUGGAAAACCAAAUGAAAGAAUCAAAACGCUUCACCCAAGCAUUGAAUAUUGGCAUGGGAAUUGUUACAACUCUGUAUGUAACAUUAGCUACCUUAGGAUAUAUGUGUUUCCAUGAUGAAAUCAAAGGCAGCAUAACUUUAAAUCUUCCCCAAGAUGUGUGGUUAUAUCAGUCAGUGAAAAUUCUCUAUUCCUUCGGCAUCUUUGUGACAUAUUCAAUUCAGUUCUAUGUUCCAGCAGAGAUAGUUAUCCCUGUGAUCACAUCCAAAUUUCAUGCUAAAUGGAAGCAAAUCUGUGAAUUUGCAAUAAGGUCCUUCUUGGUUACUAUUACUUGUGCUGGAGCGAUUCUGAUUCCUCGUUUAGACAUUGUGAUUUCCUUCGUCGGAGCAGUGAGCAGCAGCACAUUGGCCCUGAUCCUACCGCCUCUGGUUGAAAUUCUUACAUUUUCUAAGGAGCACUACAAUAUAUGGAUGAUCCUGAAAAAUAUUUCUAUCGCGUUCACUGGAGUUGUUGGUUUCUUGUUAGGUACAUAUGUGACUGUUGAAGAAAUUAUUUAUCCUACUCCCAAAGUUUUCGCUGGCACUCCACAAAGUUCCUCUUUAAAUGUGAAUUCGACAUGCUUUACAUCUGGUUUGAAAUAGUAGAAGCAGAAUUAUGAGUCUCAAGUCUGAAAAUGAUGAAAGUAAGAACCAUUAGAACACAUCGCCAUAUACUUAAAAACUGUUUUCUUUCGGCACAACAUUGAUAUUUUGGCAGUAAAUUAUAAUUCUUUACCAAUACUGAUAAACUACGACAGAUUCGUGGUUUUAAGUAUUAGCAGCAAUUUCAAAAAUUUUAGUUCUGAAAAUUGGAAAAAUUAAAAUGUUAAAAAAAUUAAAGAAUAAAAAUGCUUCUGUUAUUCUUCUCUCAAUCAAAUACUUUAAUCAGGAUUCUCUUUUUUACCUCCAUGCUACUCUAUUGCCACGCAGUUGAGGAGAAAACAGGGUUUCAACAAUAAGAGAAUUAAAGAAGUAUAGGUGACUAAAAUCUGACCAUCCCAAUGAAUUUUAAAGUGUACUUUGUAUAUAAUGUAGAAAUAUCUUGAAUAUAUUUUUAUUAGAGAGCCAAAUACUUAUGUCUACCCCCUGGAAGUUUAGAAAACUCUCAUUAGCCAUAAUGUAAGAAUCAGAAAAUCCCCCAAACCAGAAUUAUUUUUACACUAUUCUGUAAUGGUAGCUGAUCUUCAUAAUGAAAACCAAAAGGCACUGUGCAAGAUUCUGACUUAGUGUUUCAACCAAAUUUGAGAGACUUUAAAAGUUAUCCAAUACAUAUUCCCUUAUUUUUUUUAACCUGAGGAAAUGGAUACCCAGGAUGGUUAAGUAACUUGAUCAAGACCACUCAGCCUUGAGAUGAAGAGAACGUGAUCUUUUGAUUCCCAGUCCACGAUUUUUUAUCUUUCACUUCACAUCCUAGAAAAAGAAUAAAUUAUGUUGUUUAACUUUA